AUGGUCUCAGGAAGAAAGAAAGCAUUUACAAAACGAUCCCGCUCAGGCUGUCGAACAUGUCGAACACGACGUAUCAAAUGCGACGAAACACCUGGUUCUUGUCGAAACUGCACAUCUGCAGGCUGGAAAUGCGAUGGCUAUAGCACAAAUCGACCAGUCCCAGGGAACCAAAGCCAUGAUACACCCUCACUCUCUCUAUAUCGUAUAGACAAGAGCAUACCCGGCGAAACCACAGACGAGAGAAGAGGCUUUGCCUUCUUUCAACAAUGGACCAUCCCCAACAUGACGGGCUUUUUCGACUGUCGUCUAUGGAGCGAUCUGAUUCUCCCAAUGUGCCAUUCAGAAAAAGCAGUCAACUAUGCCGUGGUGGGAUUGAGUGCACUGCAUGAGGAGCUGGAGGUGAGAGGGGUGCCACUCUCGCGGGAAGAUCUGAGCAGCCAUGGCCAUCGAUUCGCUCUCGAGCAGUAUGGACGGUCUUUGUCUGCUUUGAAUAUACGUCGUCACUCGCGAGAUCCGAAAUUGUGCGAGGUGGUCUUGACGUGCUGUCUUUUGUUUGUGAUGCUGGAGUUGACUCGAGGUCAAUAUGAUUUGGCCUUUAUGCACGUUCGACAAGGACUCUUGAUCAUUCAGGAUAAGUCACGGGAUUCAUCUUCGUCUAUCUGGACAUUGAGGUCUGAUGAUGUUGAGAUUUCUCUAGCACAAACCAUGGCACGGCUCGAUGCCCAGUCUGUCUUUUUUGGCAUCGAGGCACCUCGCCUCAAUCUCUAUCCCGGUGAAACGGGCCAAAUCGAGGGUGCCGAUGACUUUCAGACACUAAGUGAUGCACGAAGAGGGUUUGACGUCUUGUUAUCCAGCGCCACCCACUUCUUAAAUGCCGUCAAUUCACUCCCUUCUGAAGAGCGUCUAUCUUGUCAUCACCCCGACCUAGGAGAAAGGCAGCUGCACCUUCGCAUCCAACUGGAGGAGUACAUGGUGCGACUACAACGGUCAAAGAUACAGCUAAAAGGGAAUAAAGAGCAGCGAGGAAUCGACCUGAUUCACCUCCACGAGAAGACUUUAUCGAUCCUACUAGAAACCAGUCUUACUGGCACCGAGGAACCAAAUUAUGAUAUCUAUACCGACGACUUCAAGAAUAUCCUGGCGUCAUGCGUGCGGAUCGCUCAGAGCUUCUGGGAGGAUGGCCCAGCCCGACCAACCCUCGUACUUGACAUGGGAAUCAUUCCACCAUUAUUGCUCGCAUGUGAUAAAUGUUGUGACUCGAGAAUGCGACAGCAGGGACUGAGGCUUCUCGAGGCAUGGCCACAUCGCGAGGGGCCGUGGGAUUCUAGGUUGAUUGUUAUUAUACUGAAGCAGAUCAUCUCCAUUGAGGACGAAGCUGCAAAUUCGGAAUCAGGAGUACAAGAUGCAUUUCUCCAUGUUGAAGAUGACCAGACACAUGCGGUCCUUACUUAUCGAAUAAAAGAGACAGGAAGAAUAGAGAAACGAAUUAAACUUGAUUACAGCUAG